AUGAAGAUUCAAACUUCAUCAGCAUUAGUGAUCUUUGCAAUUAUUCUGAUCGUUGUAAAUGUUAAUCUCACUGGUGAAUUUUCGACCGGGUGGCGCCGCCUGAAUGAUGCUGGUCGUCCUGUUUCCGCUCAGUCGUCGUUGCCACCGAAAGAUGACUCUUCUAAGUGUUCACCUAACUUAGCUAAUAAUACACAUACAGACCAAGCUGUACAGCUUCCAAUUGCACAAUCGGUCAUACCUGACUCGUCAACAGGGAAACUCUUUAGAGGAGAAAAGAUUCGAGAUUUCUCACUUCCGAGGGCAGAGCUAACGAAGACAGAUAUUCCCAGCCAAUCGUUGCCUUUUGAGAAUGACUUUCGGGACAAGUGCACCAAGUGGGGUGUGGUGACUACCAUCUUUGAUCCUACGGAAGCUAUAUCGAGAGUCUCAAACCUGCCCGAGUGGUGCCUAGUCGUGGUGGCAGAUACCAAAACACCUACGAAUUAUAUGUCAACCUUUCAAACAAUGGGCGGAGCUACUGAAUCGACAUACUUUUUUUCGGUGGAACGUCAGAAAACAUGGGAACAACUGGAUGGACCCAUCGGUGACUUUGUGCGUACUAUGCCCUGGAGGCACUUUGGACGAAAGAAUCUGGGGUAUUUGUUUGCAAUCCUUCAUGGUGCCGAAUUCUUCUUUGAUUUUGACGACGACAAUUUCAUCAAAUUGGACGAGGAAACAGGAAAGCCUGUUGAAAUUCUUCCAUCAAUAGAAACACUCGACAAUGUGACCAUAGCAAUAUCUGGGCCAACAGCUUUCAACCAUCAUCCAAUGAUGAAACCGUCAAUUCCGGCUCCAUCCUGGGCGCGUGGAUUUCCUUUGCAGUACAUUAGGGACAAUACAACGGAAGGACAGGCGUUCUUUCAGCAGUCGAUGCCAUUUGUUUCCAAAUCGGCCUCAAUUGGUGUGAUUCAGUUCUUAGCCGAUGGAAAUCCUGAUGUCGAUGCCAACCAUCGAUUGACCCGUCCACUACCAAUGACAUUCGACAACAGUGAAAAUGCAACAAAUGUCCUCGUUCCAAAGCAUGCGUAUAGUCCAUACAAUGCUCAAGCUUCAAUCCAUACGCAACCCGCCCUUUGGGCAACCUUACUCCCUACAACAGUACCAGGUCGUGUUUCAGAUAUCUGGCGGUCGUACUUUGCUCAAUGCAUUUUUGCGGACUCGAACCUUCGGCUGGUCUUUGCGCCUCCGAAGAUUGAACAAAUACGAAACGAGCAUGACAUUUUGGCUGACUUUUCUGCCGAAAACGACUUGUAUAUCAAAAGUGGGAAGCUGAUUGAAUUUCUAUCAAGUUGGGACUCUGAGCACCUCCAUUUCCCCACGAGAGUAGAGCAGCUAUGGAUCGAUUUGUACGAACGAUCAUAUAUUGAAUUGGAUGAUGCUGUGGCAAUGCAAAAGUGGCUCAUGGCGCUGACUGCAAUGAACUACCAGUUUCCUGAGCUCAAGCCUAGAAUUCGUAACGUGGCACUGAUGGGUCAGUUUAAUUUUGCAGAUAAACCCAUCAUCACGACUCAAAUAAUGAUUUGGAGUCAGAAGAUGAGAGAGCGGUUCCAAAUGGUUGUUGCAGCGGCUCCAGUCGAUAACACAAAACUGGCGUAUUUGGAGGCUCAUCGCAUCGACGUAAUGCAAGCCAGCCAAUUAAAACCCAUUGGGGUUGGGGUUGGGUAUGGGGAAGACCUAGGUUUCUACAACCCGAUGAGCAACUUAAUGAGGACGUUGCUGCGUUUUGCAAACUCUUCGACAAUUGACGCAGUGCUCUAUGCGCACGAUGAUUCCCUGUUGAACCUGACCGAGCUAUCGGAAGGGAAGUAUCCUUUCCCCACCGACAAGAUUAUCGCCAAUCGACAACUACCGGAGGUUGACAAUAUCGAAUACGUUGAUCUAAGGACCACACCUGAUAGGGUGACAGCACAGAAACAAUCCCAUCGCGUUUUCCCGAAUGGCACAGUAUCUGAUGUAGACAAGACUAUUUUUGUGAAUUCUGCAAGCGAGUUAAGCAAGCAAAUCCCAAAUAUGCAUGACAAUUGGAUUCGAUGGCCGCAUGAAUACUGUGUACAAGCGCAACAGAAAAUGGCAAUGGACCCUGAAUUUGCAAAAUAUCUCGAUCCAGAUGGUUCAGCAUGGUUUGGCUUUCAAACACAAUCUGACUUUCUCAUGGUACCAACAAAGUAUGCCGAACCGUUUGCAGAAGCUGUAAACAUACACGUGAAACACUUGGUUUGGUUAGAGUGUGCUUUUGGUAAGAUAGUGGAUAUUCUUCAGCAGCAGUUGCAAGCACCCACCCGGCUAGUGAAACUUUGCACAAAAUUCAAAACCAAACAACGAGGCAGCUGGUCGCUGAUUCAUAGCUGCAAGUCUGAUGAGAGUAUAGCGGUGUUCCAUCCCUUCAAGAUGAAAGAGCGAUAUGAUAUUUUUUGGGAGAAAGUUGACGAUAUUAAUUUUCCGCUGGAGGCACAAUAA